AUGCGCGGUCGGUCGGUUCGACGCGCGCUCGCGCUCGCGCUCGCGUGCGGCUUGGCGAUGGCGCGCGACGCGGAGGGGGCGCGACGCGCGAGCGUGAACGCCUCGGGCGUGUUCAACACCAACGGCUUGCGGUGUCCCGAAGACGUCGAGUGCGAGCGGUGCGCGGCGCCGCUGAACGCGGCGCCGUUCCGCGCGCCGGUGAACCUGACGGGAGUGCGAGUGAUCGGGUGUCGAUACCGCGCGGACGUGUGCGACGCGCUGCGCGAGGAGUCGAAGGCGUGCAAGAGACACGCGCGGUCGCUGUGCGGCGAACAGGACACGCGAGCGCAGGCGAAGACGAAAUGUAAACGCGAAAUGAAUCGAGCGUGGAAGACGCGGUGCAAGGAAGAACGGACGAUGAUGGUGUCGCGCGCGGAUGGGGCGCUGAAACGGUUCUUGGAAGUGCUGGAAAAGUUGAAAAGGGCGCGAGCGAAGCGCGCGGCGGGAGGCGCCGGGGACGACUUGACGAUGUUAGAGAUGGAGCUUUCGCGCUUGAAGACGUCGAUCGGGCACGCGUUCGAGGAGCUGAGAAGUAAUCACGGAGGCGUCGCGGUGGGAUUGAUGUCGGAUCGAAUGGAAGCGUUCGUGCGCGGGCCGACGCUGUUGGAUUCGACGAGCGAUAUGUUGGACGUCGUCAACGCCAUGAACGCCGUCUUGGGCGAGCUUCAAGGUUUGAGCACCGAAGCGAAAAGCUUGUGCUCGUACGACGCGAACAUGGACACGUCGGAUGGUAAAAUUUUGUGCCAAGACAUGGAAGAAAAGAUGAAGCUUUCGGAGAAGCGCGUCAACCGCUGCGCCGCGCGCCUGAGCGAUUAUUUAGCGUCGACGGCGAAAAUCGACGCCCUCAUCGUAGAGAAGAAGCGUCGGUUCGCGCUUUUGGAUUCGCUCGACAAGUUCACCGAUUCAAUCUCUGGCGCUUGGUCCGCGGUGCAGUACGAAGGCGACGACGACUUUGUCGAAGAGCCGUCGACGCGCUUCAAUCUCACCGAACACGUCACCACGGGCAUCGUGCACACGCUCAUGAACCACUACACCACUGUCAGCGCCCGCCACGCGCUCGCCACCGCCGAAAUCAAAGAAUCCGCGCUUUGCGCGCACAUCAUUCCAAGAUUUCAGCUCUCUCUCCUCGGCACCGGCUUCAAGCGCGGCGACCUCGCGUGUCCGCCGCCCCACGGCACCUUCAUCGCCGGUCGCGAGCUCCCGGACUGGUCCGCCUACUUUUUAUUCCUCCUCGGCAUCGCCGUCGGCGCCGGCGCCACGAUCGCCACCAAUCGCGCCAACGAAGCCGUGGAUUUCGUGCGCACGAAUUCCUCCGUCGUCGUCGCCGUCUUGGUCGUCGUCUUGGCCGGUCGCUUCUUUUAGUCGCGCUCGGC